CAGCUCAGACCUCCCCGUUAGAAGCAGCAGUACUUGUGUGUUGGUCGCAUUGACUCUCAGUAGUGGCUCCUGUCCUGGAUCUGAACUCUCUGCUCUUCUGUCCUCACUUAUUCCUCUGCACAAGAUGUGGCUCCCUGCUUGGCUCCUAUUCCUGGGACACUUUGUUGCUGUUUGCUUUUGGGAUGUGUCCGCUGUAAUCGUGGAGUCUGACAACUACAAAGUGGAACAAGUUGAAUUUGGAGAGGCAACCCUCAGCUGCCGAUACCAACUAGAGAAAAAGCAAGUCAUCCGGUUAGAAUGGAAGAAGAUGGAUCUUAAUGGGGACUCCUCCAUUGUGUUCUUUAAUAACUCGCUAACAGAGGAGUUACAUAAGCGAGCGCAGAUGAUGGACUCCAGUAUCAGGAUCAUGAAUCUCAGCAGAGCAGAUUCUGGCCAAUAUCGCUGUGAAGUCAGCGCUCCUCUGGACAAGAAGAACUUUCAAGAAAUCAUCAUUAAUCUAGCUGUAUUGGUGGCUCCCAGCGUCCCAGUGUGCGACAUUCCUAGCUCCGCCACAAGCGGCAGUGCGGUGGAGCUCAAGUGUCGAGAGAAGGAAGGAAAUCCAGCAUCGGAGUACAAGUGGUUUCGGAAUGGCGUCCCCAUAGAACGAAGCGCCAAAACAACCAAUUCAACAUUUAAAGUGGAUAGAAAAACCGGCACUCUGCACUUCAAUACAGUUACAAAGGACGAUACAGGAGAAUAUUACUGCGAGGCCAGCAAUGCCAUUGGCAACCCGCAGAGGUGCCCGGCGAAGAGGAUGCAAGUUGAUGACUUGAAUUUGGCUGGAAUCAUAUCGGCGGUAGUAAUCAUCUCUCUUGUUAUUGUCUUAUGUGGCUGCGGGGUCUGCUACGCACAGAGAAGGGGGUAUUUCUCAGGUGGGAAAUCGAAGAAGGAACAUAAUUCGGCAACACAGGCAGAAAAUGAUUUCAAGCACACAAAGUCCUUUGUGAUUUGAGAUGAUUAUGUUUUUGGGUUUGUUUUUCUUUCUUGUUUUUUUCGGCGAUGGCGGCCAUUCUAGAUACUAUCUUCCCUGGAUGGCACUCUCCAUUGACUUGCAAAAACGUGUUCUUUUUUUUUUUUUACAUGAAAGAAAUGUAAUCGACCAUAUUUUGAGAAGAAAACAGGAUUUUCUUUUGUGCAUUAAAUCUGGAUCGGGGACGUAGUUCAGCUGUAGCCUGUUGAGUCUCUUCCUACCGAGGCCGCAGCCAUUAUGACAGCGAAAGGAUAUUACGCCGUCUCUUGGAAACGUAUCUGCCGGGAACGACAUUCACAGCGUGUAUUGUUCUAGUAGCUAUUUUUACACAUGCUAAACAGUGCAUGAAUGUUAAAGGAACUGUCGUACGUGUAUAUAAAGCAAUUUAUUGCUAUAUCGUAUUGUGUGGCCUAACAUAGAACAGACCCUCUGUGUCAGAUGUGUAGUAAUGUUAACCCUUUCGAAUGAAAAAUUAUUUUUUCAUAGGCAAUUUACUAGAAAAGAAGACGUUAUUUACAUUUAGUUCUAUAUAGUCUAUAUAUAGCUGUAAGGUAUUGGAAAGUGCUGCAUAGACAAUGGGCCGAAGUAAAAGAAUUCCUCAUAUCCCAGAACCAGAGGCAUAACCAAAAGACACCCCCCGGGCCAUGAUAGAAUCGGGGGACGUCUAUGGGGCAGAGGGGCGCCCGUCCUAGUCGUUACAAAAGAAAACCAGUCAUAGCAUUGGUUGCUUUGGGACUCUGCUCCACAUUUUCUGCUCUAGUUAGAUAUAAGGCUAUGUUCAUACAAUAUUUUAAAUAUGCAUUUCCACCUGCAAUCCGCAAAAAAAGAAAUAAAAUAAAGUAUAAUUGCAGCUGCAUUUUUGCAGAUUGUGGACAACAAUAGAAUACGUAAAAUAAGUAGCGGAAUUUUACAGUGAAGUAAAAAAAGUGAACAUACUCCCAUUGGUGUAUUGGGCAUUAGGCUAUGUUUACACAGUGUUAAAUUGUGUAUAUAUAUAUAUAUAUAUAUAUAUAUAUAUAUAUAUAUAUAUAUAAUGUAUGUAAAACACAUUUUUGCGGACUGCGGUUGAGGAUGCAUUUAUAAAAUAAAAUACAUAGCUGAAUUUCCAGAGUGGUUCCGACCUAUAAACUUAGCAACAGAAUCCCAUUGAGGUCAAUGGUAGGCAGCUGCAAGCGGAAUCCAUGUGGAAUUUACAUAGUGUGAAUGAGCCUUUAUGCUCCAGUGGGAGACGUAAUAAAAAAUUUUUUUUUUUUAAACUGUCUGUUGCCCAUAGCAACUACUCAGCGUUCAGCUUUGAUUUCAACUAAGCAGUUUAGGAAAUGAAAGCUGAGCUCUGUCUGGUUGCUAUAGGCAACCAGAAUUUUUUUUAGCACCAGUGUUCGCAAAAUUUUGUUUUUAUCAUUCAAAAUUUGUAACAGGCCCCCACCUACUCAUUAAAGCCCGAUAAUGUAAAGAAUUCCCGGCACUCGCUGAAUAUUAUGCAAAUAGUAGCAUGUUUUAUUCACACAAUGUGGAUAACAACUCACAAGUAUUGACGCGUUUCGGCCAAUGCCUUUCUCAG